UCUGCUGCUGCAGAGAGAGGAAUAAAGGACGCUUCUGACCUUCAGGCUGCCACUCUCGGGGCCUCCUGUGCUGUAGCAAAGGUGAAGAUCAGUCACAACCCCAGUGAGACUCCCAGUCCGGAAGGAAUUGCGGCUGAGCCAGAGACGAUGACUGCGGAGAGCGCCGAAUCCAAUGGAGCCGUGCGGGAGCAGGAGCAAGGGGGGGCCAAGGUAGCGGCUCCCCCCGUCCCACCGCGGCGCCGGGGCCGCCGCCUGCGGCGCAAGCCCCCGACGGAGCCGCCGCUGAAGGGACGGCUCCGCAUGCGCUCGCCGGCGGGAGCCUUCGUCGUGGUGGGCAUCUCAGUGGUCCUGGUGGGCAUGACCAUUGCCGUGGUGGGCUACUGGCCUCACCGAGGACACGGGGGCCCCGGGGCCGGCGCGGGGAACGCCAGCGCGGUGGGGGACGUGAGGAGGGAGGUGGCGGCCAGGCGCCACGUGCCCCACAGCGAGAAGCUGAAGCUGAUCGGCCCCGUCAUCAUGGGCAUCGGGCUCUUCAUCUUCAUCUGCGCCAACACGAUGCUGUACGAGAACAGGGACACGGAGACCCGGCGCCUGAUGCAGAAGGGGCUCUACGGCCUGGCGGUGGGGCUGCCCGAGGGGACCGGCCCCAAGGACAGGCACCGCCAGCGUGGGGACAGCCGGUCCUUCCCCAAGGCCAACGCUGAGUGCGUGGAGGGCUGUUACGAGGUGGAUCUGUCCUGUCAGCCCUGCCCCGGUCCUGGCAGCAAGUGGUCUGACUGCUACGGCCCCAACCGGCUCCCGACCACGGCCGAGUUCCUGCAGCACCCGGCAGCUUCCCCUGCGGCCUCUCUCCACAGCCUCCACUCCACCGAGGCCAACCUGAGCCUCCCGUGCCGCGCUGGAGCCGAGUCCCUGCUGUCCUCGGCCGUGGGUGCCCUGGCACUGCCCAUCAUCAAGCUCAACAACUGCCUGCUGGACGGGGCAGCACGGGGGGCUGGCGGGAGGGCGGAGAGGGGCCCUGCUGAGCAUCGCCCCAGAACACCGCAGCUCUCCCGGGCUUCGCUUUCCGUCGGCGACGGCGCCGCGCGCCGCGGCCGGGCCGGUGGUGGUGGUGAUGGCGGCCACGUUAUCGUCACUAUGGGUGACGGCUGUCCCGGGGCGCAGCCGCUGCUGGAGCUGAACCCCGCUGUGCACCUCCACACCCCGGGACACUCCAAAUCCCUGGACCUCGGCCGCCCGGGGCUGCUGCUGGUGGCCCCCAUCGAGGACCGUAAGAACCGGAGCUGGCCCCGGCUGGACCACGUCAGCCUCGCGGGCUAUGCCAAGCUGCAGAGCACGGGCGACUCCUCGGACAGGCUGCUGGAGCCCAGCGAGCCCCCAAGCCGGGGCGAGCCCCGACCCAGCUCCUGGGUGGUGGGGAUGGAGCAGGGCACGCGGGUCUGAUGUCCCCAACACCUCUGGGGACUGGAACGUCCCAGUCCCUCAUCCUGGCCCCCAGCAGCCACCAGCGACCCCAAAACCCACAUCCGGGAGAGGUUUGGGGGCAGCAUUUUUAAGCCGAUGCCAAGAGGAAGGUCCUGGCCCUCUGCUCCUGGGGGAGGACUUGCCUAGGGUGGGAUGUCUUUCCAGGUAGAUGCCCUUGGCCUUACAAGCCCUUCUCCUGGAGGCUUUUCUAGAGGAGUCCUUGCUUUGAGACCCCACACAUACUGUUGGAUGGGGACGUGAGGGCAGGUGAAGCCCCACCGGCCCCCACAGCACUUUAUUUCAGCAGGGUCGGGGUGGGGAGAUGCUUGGAGGGGGGUGGUGUCCCCAUGUCCAGCCUCAACCCACCAGAAAAUUUGCUUGGCCAGAGCACGUAGGCCCAAUGGGGCUAUUAAAUCUUAUCUGGAUGCCAUGUGGUCCUGCCUUGCCUCCUCCUGUUGCCUGUGGGAUGCUUGGGAGGGGCGGCGCCUGCAGUAGUCGGUCCAGAGGGUCUGUGAGGCCUUGUGCCCCCACCUAGGCUCCACUGGAGAAGGGAUGCUCCAUAACCAGCUGUUCAACCUUCACAGGAUGAGGUGAUAAGAGCAAGGUUUGGGAUUUUUAUGGAGAGAAGGGAUGUAAGAGGUGCCCAGGGAGUUGCAGGCAGCGACCAAGAUGCUGCUGCCCACGUAGGGUGCAGCGAUUCUGAGAGCCUCUCAAUGGAUGUGGGUUUGUUUGGGCUGGGUUCUGGUAGGAUGAAGGAUGCAGGUGGUGGGAGGAUGGGUGUGAAGGGGCAGAGAGGUAAGGGAGUGUUGGUGCUGGUUUUGCCAGGUCCUGCUUGGUGCUGUUCUGUUACUUGGUGCCUGCUGGAUGCAGAACGGGAGCUGUAUGGGAUGAGGCCAGAGAGGCAGGUUUGGCAGUGGGGUGGAAUUCUGGAGAAAAGGGACCUGGGACUUCAUCUCACCCCUUCCUCACCCCUUCUUACUCCCUCCAGUGCUCUCUUGGUCAGGAAGAGCCCUUGGGAUGCCAGGGGGAGUGGAAGGAUGGAUUACAGUGAUGGGAUGAGGACAGCUCUGCUCUCCAGAAACUUGGGAGGCUUCAAAAUGUGGCAGCCUAGCUGGGAUCUUUGCAUUUUGCCUUCCCAAAACCAGGGCUGAUUGCGAUAGCUGAAAUCUCUUUUUAUCUGUUUGGGAAGGGGUUACUCCUGUUUCUCCUUCUCUCUCUGGUCUGAAGUGAACAGUAUCAGACCUUGAAAACUUUGGGAACAACAUCCUUCUUCAGUUCAAAACAUCCCAGCAAAAUCACUUGGAAAUUGCCUUUCUUUCUCCCAGAAAAGCAACCCCCACAGUGUUUGGGGGUGCAGAGGUCUGCUUUACAGGGAAAAGCUGUCUCUGUUCCAUUGCCAACCCCCCCCAGAGAGCUUGGGUACAGCUUCCCCCUGUGUGGGGAACAGAGAUGGGACCAACAGCUGCAGUCUGGGGCCAGCUGCACCCCAAAGGAUUCUCUGGAGCGAUACCAGCCCAAGCUCAGCUAUUUAUCUGGCUGCUUAAUCUCAGCAUUAUUUAGGCACUGAUUCAAUGCAAUAAACAGCAACAAGAAAAAGUCACCAUCGGGGUCUGCCUGGGAGCAGCAUCCCAGGGGAAGUGCCAGAAGGUUGUUUUUGUCUGAAAAUAACUUUUUACUUGGGCUUAACUAGCUGCAGCCAGAGCUCAUGCCAGGCCCUGGGCCGUGCUUUGGGAACUGGCAGCAAGAAACUGGAGCCCAAAAUGCCACAAGGAGCUGCACGAGAAGCUAUUGGGGGUGUUUGUUUUAAUUUUUCCCCUUCAUUUUCUGGCUGAGGCUCAGUCUAAGGGUGGGAAAUAGCUGGAUCAAAGGAGAAGCUGCCUGGAAGCUGCCAUGUGCUUGCACCAGCAUUGUCCUGCCCCGUCCUCCUGCCCAGCUCAGCAGCAUCCUCCAGGGAAGGCAUUUCUGAGUCACACAGGAGUAAUUUCAAAAUGCAAAGCAGCUUGAUUAAUUAAUCUGGCAGGGUGAGAGGCCCUGUGCCUUCUCCAGGGAGAGCAGCAUCUGUGCAUCCCUCACCUUCAGCUCUGCCUGUGGACACUGUUCCCGGAGUAUUUGUGGGAUUUUAGCAAUGUUGGUUUCAGUGUAUGGAUGCUGAAUAUGCUGUCCUCACAAUGCACUGGGAAUGAACUGGGCAGGGAAGAGACUGGGUUAGAAACAGAAAUUUAAAAAGAAAGUAAAAAUGUCCACCCUGCAUGGAUCCCACCGUUGGCUGCUUGGCUGCAGAGCUGUGGAGUAGAACAAUCCUGGAAGCCCUGGAGAUCUCACACUGCACAGCCUGUGAAGGGCUGUGAUGGUGAUACCUUCUGUCCUGCUCAGGAACAGCCUGGAUACACUCUGGACUAAAUAUCCAGCUGUUGUCACCCUCAGGGUGUCCCACCCCAGGAGGUGGCCACUGCAGGAGGAGACUCCUACUGACAGCAGGGGGAUUUCAUCAAAAACACCAGCAAAGAAAACUGGGGGAUCGUCCCCAACACCAACAUGUCCAGGCUGAUGAGGACUGACCCUGGGGUCCCUUGGAACAGAGGAUGGAGGCUGGAGAGACAAGGGCAAUUGCAAAUAUCCCCCACCACUAAGUGACCUCUACAGGACAGCUUAGUUUGGGCCAAAAAUGGAUAAAAUGAGGAAAAUGGACUGAGGGAACCACUACCACAGGCUGUGUGUGUGCCUUGGGGAGGUGCAGACCCUGCCGGUGGCUGUCAGAGGGUCUCUCGUGCCCAGAGACACCCCAGUCAUGGCCUGCAGACCCUGCCAGCAGGUCUCCAGAUUUGCUGCUGGGACAGCUGUGUCCUCAGGGAGCACAAGAACCACAGCUGCGGUGUCGCUCCCUGAUACUGCUCAGCCGUUGGCCGGUGUGCAGCUCUUCCUCCUCCUCCUCCUCCUCUCCCUGAAGCGGGGCAGGUCACAGCCAUCAAUCUGCUCGGCUGGAGAGCCCUUCCUUGAGAUCUCAGGUCUGUGUGAAGGCAGCAGUGAGUGAGCCCGGCCAUCAAUCUGCCCCGCGUGGGGAAGGUGACCGUAGGGGAUGUGCAACCCGUGCUGCCUUGUGCCCUCCAUCCUGAAGGGGAGCGGUGAUGAUGGGUGUGGGUGUGCCCCCCGGGCCUGUAACACCCUGGGCCCUUUUGGCAGGGGGCUGAUUUCUGGUGCUUUGUUUGAAAAAAGGGCAAGAGUGUGAUACAAAAUGCUUCUCUGCUUUAAUGAGCCCACACUGAGCCAAAGGCGCC